UUUUCUCCGCCCCGCCGCGCGGCUCGGCGGGCAGAGUGGCGACGGUGCGCGUUGCGGCCUCUCGCCGCAUGGCCGCCCGGGCGGCGGCCCAGGCCGCCGCUCGGGCGCGCCCGGAGGAUCGCAGGGGGGAGGGGUUGGGGCUGCCUCCGAGGGGGGCGGCGUGGCGGGCGGACCCCCCCGGAUGGCAUCGUGAUCGGCCGACUAGGUGGCGGGGUGGGAGCGUAUGCUUACAACGAGUCAGGGCAUGGCCAUACGCAAAGCCAAUUGAUGACUACACAACAUGAGCUAAUUACACAUAGCAGCAACGCAUACGCUUCUCGGCUGCACUUAAAAUCUUAGGCUGCAGCACUCUGGAGAUUCUACAUAGAGGUACUCCAAUCUGGUGGGAGUCACCUGGCUACCAGAGGUGCAGGCAGAUGCUUCAACAGAAGAAGAAGAAGAAGAAGAAGAAGAAGAGGAAGAAGAAGAAGAAUGAGGAGAAGAAGCAGAAGCAGCAGCAGAAAGGAAGAAGAGGGAAGCGAAAAGCAGGAGUGGAGUGGAGGAACAAAGAACGACGUAAACACAACUUCUCGGAAGUCCUCGCGGAUUUCUUGGAUCCGCGCUGGGCCCACCUCCCUGGCGCGCGGAGCGCGCCCGGUGCGGCGCUGGAGGCGCUGGCAUGGGCGUCCCAGAGCCGAUCCAAGAGAUCCGCGCGCAGCUUCGAAAGCCUACGUUCAUGCCGUUCUUGGUUACUCGAUGGAGGUAGUCUGCCCCGCCAGGAACACUUGGAACGGGGACGCCCACAGCUUCGGGAACAGCCCCUGCCCCCAGGCCGUCGGGCAGCGGGGCGAGCAUACGGACAUCCGCCCGCGUGGAGUGCACGCGGGCCCCGUGGUGUCGUCGGCAGCGCGCGCCCCGAAACCCGACGCUGUGAGCUUGGUCCAACCCCACUAGCAUGGCCGCACUCACGUUCACUCGACAUUUCACGACACGGGCGUUGCCAGGAGGCAAAUGGGCGGUGAUGGCUCGCCGUAGGCGUUUUCGGUGUUCCCGCCAUCUGAAGCCCUAGCUCAGGACACCGAAACCGUGGGCAUCGAUGUAUCCUGGCGGUGGACAUAAAUGCACUCACCCAACCUACUACAGGCAGUGCUCUUUGAGCAACGUUCCACGGGAUCCUGGCUAGUGCAGGAUGCAAUGGGAACUCUGCUCCCACAGGUCUCUCUCUGGGUCAAAAGCCACACAGUGUUGCGGCCUGAACAGGUGAAGCUGCUCGAACCAGCACGGUUCACCGUCUCAUCCCUCCCCAUCCCAGUCUCUCCUCUCGAGAGCAUCCUUGAACUGCUGGACCGCCCGCCAACCCUGAUUGCGCGGCCGAGCUUCUAGCGCGGCCAAUUGACCUGGCGUGUGCAGAGAGGAGCACUCUUUGGAGCUCCUAAAGAAAUAGACGAGCGGGACCACACAACCACAGGGCGGGCUGAAAGUUGAGACAACGGCAGCUCAAAUCGGUCCCCGGACCCGCCCAAGGGCCCAAACGCACCAGCUUCCCGAGCUGCGUUCAGCCGCAGCGACAGCUGGGCCCCGAGGUAGGGCCCCUUCCCCGUCCCUGCCGCCUGCGCAAAGAAAACGGCGGCCGGAACGCGCGCGUGGUGCGCGCCCCAGCGAGGGCGCGACGCAAACGGCCGCGCGCGGCGCAGUGUGUGAGCGCAGCGCGGUCGCGACCAGCAGAUCGCGGGCUCCCCGAGUGAGGGACAACGCUAGGCGCUAGGAGGGGGGGGCUGGCUCGGGGGGGUGGAGGGGGGAACAUCAACCUGAACUCGGCGAUACAUCGCC